GGUAUCAUGAAGAGGUCAAGACGACACAAAUAUCUACAGAUACCAGCUUUCAUUCUAAUCUAUACAAUCAUGCACGUAGUGUCAGUGCCAGAAAACAGCGUUCAAAAAGAUGAACAAGUUUCGAAAGUGAAUACGGGGGAAAACAAUCGCACAAUGUCAGAACAUCAUCACGAGGUAUUAAGACACCUCGGUUCUCACAUGGACGUUGCAACUGGCAAUCACAAAGGAGGUUCUGAUACCGCUUCAUCUGCAAAGGGCACGGAGAACAACGAUACGCUCAAGAUGUCAGAGCACCACCAUGAGAUUAUCAGGCACUUGGGUCACCAUUUUGGGGUUGCCACGGGGACCCACCAGGCCGAUAGUGGUUCUGAAGCGAAGGUCACUGAAGUGAAGGUCAACGACACGAGUAAGAACCUAGAGCACCACAAAGAAAUAUUGAAACAUUUCGGUACUCACUUUGGAGUCGCUACAGGAACCCACCAGUUCCAUGAGGGUCAGAAUCUGUCAGAUAAAAUUCUUGCCGAUAGCAAAAAUAGGACUAAAAGUUCAAAUAACACGGUGAGCGUGAAAAAGGAACCUACCGCAGUUCCAGAGAAAAUAAAGGCUAACAGUAGUUCAAAUGCGAAUUCAACUAGCGACGAUCUUAACUGUACAGCACCAGCAAUAAGACAGUUCCCGAAACCCCUGAUGAGUCCUGCCACGAGGCGACAUGGAGGUUUAAUAAUACACAUCAUAGUAGCCGCAUAUAUGUUCCUGGGACUGGCAAUUGUCUGUGAUCAAUAUUUCGUGGCUUCCUUAGAUAGAAUAUGUGAAGAACUGAAAAUGUCUCCAGACGUAGCUGGAGCAACAUUUAUGGCCGCAGGGAGUUCUGCUCCAGAACUAGCUACCGUUAUUAUAGGAGUUUUUUUCGCUAAGGAUGACAUUGGAAUCUCCGGUGUGAUAGGCUCUGCGGUGUUCAACAUAAUGUUUGUUAUAUCAUGUUGCGGACUGUGUUCCACCGCCGUUGUUUACCUCAACUGGUGGCCCCUCGUCAGAGACUGCUUCUUCUAUGCUGUUUCCAUCCUGGUGAUGCUGGUCGUCAUUUACGACAAAACGAUUUCUUGGGGUGAAUCACUGGUUAUGCUCAUCACCUACUUGUUUUAUUGUAUCGUCCUCCACUUCAAUACCCCUUUGGAACGAUGGGCUCAAACUUGGCCAGUACCCUUCAAAAGUCCCGUACCCACAGAACAGUCGGGAUUGGUUAGCUACAAAACACUGGAGAGCGACGGGAAGAUACAGAACUACGGAAUGGAUACCUGGUCACCUGAAAAACCACAAGAGAGCUUAGAUCAAGGCAUGAAAAACUUCGGCAUGGAGUGGUCUCCAGAAAAACAUCAGCAGGAAGAUUUUGGAAACCGGCUUAGUGGACCAGCAUUGAACCAGACCACUGCAGAUCCGACUCCUGUUGCUCCUCCUGCUCCUACAGGACCGAUCAAACAGGAUUACUACAAACCCAAAGAGUACGAUCCCGCAGCACAGAUCAAUCCUCUCAUCAAACCAG